UAAAUAAAUAAUUAUUGUUUAGCACCCAGAAAUUUUAAAAAAUUAUAAUUUGGCCCCAAAUUUUUUUAAAAAUUUACAGUUUGACCCCCAAUUUUUUCAAAAAUUACAGUUUGGCCCCCAAAAUUUUAAAAAAAUUACAGUUUAGCCCCUGCCGUGUCCCCGCCGUGUCCCCAUGAAAAAUUCAAAUUAAAUUAUGGGACACGCCACGUGGCGUGUCCCAUACGUAUCCCCGCGGUGUCUCUGUGUCCGACACUGCAAUACCUCGACCUCUAGAGGUGUCGGUGCUUCAUAGCUCAGAACUGGAAUAUGCUUGACUAUAGGGGCAUGGUUCCAACUCGUCUCCCUUUCCGACACUCAAAAAGUCACUUAUAAUUAAAAAACCAUGUUUAGAGCAUGACUAUCCCCACUCCAUCCACACAAUUCUCCAGUCCAGUUAUAUCUACACUUUGUAAAACUCAUUCACGUCUUCCCAAACUCAACUUUAAAUCUAAUCUGUUAAUAGCAUAGCCUAAAAUUCAGCAGGAAGGGAAAAAUUCCGUUGCCGGGAACAUAGCCUUAUAUUCAGUUAGUAUGUCUUAACUUAAAGGUGCUUUUGAUACCUUUCUAGCGUACCAAUUUUAUAUUAGCUUAAAUAACAUGUUGAGGCAUAUGCACUAUGUAUGAAUGGAGAUCCAUCUCCAUCUGUGGAGGGUCUCCAAUAAGGGGAAUCAACAUUUGGUUUUCAUUUAGACCAUCGUUGGAGCCUUGGAGUGGAUUAGUUCUCCAUUUUCAAGUUUUGCAGAUGCGCGGUAGAGGGAGAUGCUCUAAAAUGGAAUUAACUAUUUUGCAGAAAAAACUAUCAGCGAAACUAAUUGCCUUUUCCUCCCAAAAUUUCCAAAUGUUGGUAGAUGACCUUAUUAUCGUACGAUUAGUCUAAACUGGCUGGUACUAGUAACUUUUCUUUUUUGAGAACUUACGACAUGUAAACACAUACUAUAUACACAAAUUUUCUUUUACGAAAUAAAUUCGAGUCCCUCACAUGACAUCUUGGCUUUGUACCUGACUCCUAACAUGGAAUCGAGACAUGACUGCAAAAGACUGAAAGAGGACAGUACAAGUGAUGGAAUAUGGUAGAGAAGACUUGGGAACUUCACAUAUUGAACCUGCGGUUGAAUCUAAUGUCAAUGAUGACAGUGGUUCUGUGCAAAGUGGUUGUGAACAUGUCAAACCUGAGGAAGUACAUCAAAAUUAAACUGAUAGGUUCCCUGUUAUUGACGCUGAACCAGGAAGAGAAGUAAGAGAAGAGUUUCAUGAUGAAGCGGUGAAUGUAGAUUUGUCAUUGUCACGUAAAGCUACAAAUCUGUCGACUGAUAAUCACACCGCCACGAUGCAUGAUGGUGCUAGUUUGGAACACCAACGACAGUCUUCCCUCGAGGUUGGGUCACAAUUGGGAAGCAAAACUGUGAAGGCCAAAUCAAAGUCUCUUGGCAAUGUUACUCGGGUUCAGAGAAAUGUUUCAAGUGAACUUCAUAAAGUUGAUGCAAAGAAAGCUAAGAGAAUAGAAAGAGAGAGUUCUCGGACUACAAAAUCAGAAAAGCAAUCGCCACAAACGGCUGCCCCGGCCAUAUGUUCAGUGCACAGGACUUCAAAACCAGAGGUUUCCAAAAGUUCAAAGCUAGAAGUGGUUCAUGCUAACAAAAGCAGUGGAAAGGAAAUGAAUAGCAAAAAGAUUGUUGAGCCUAAGCCUUCUGUGUCCGACAAGGUUGUUCCUAAAGCAUGGCAAACAACAAACAGGUUCUUGAGCAACGUCAUAUCAAAUGCUUUAAUAAGUAGUAGAUGAUUUGGCUGACAGCAUUUGGAGGUCUAAUGUGCAGUUACUUUUAUGCAGGCCAAAGCAGACUGAGAAUUCAGCUAAACCAGGCAUGGAACAGAGCUCUGCAUUGUACAAUCUGGAAAGAUAUCAACUAGCGGAAAGAGGCAAGGAAGCACGUUAAUAUUAUUUCAUUUAUUGGGAAAAAAAAAACAGAAGACAUAUCUAUGUAGCUUCUUUUUACACUCUUCUUUCUCAGUAUCACCAUUUCUUGUUGAGUUAAGAGAAAAAAUGCAUGCAAGUAGGCUGAGAAAUCAAAUCCAAUGCAAAGAAAUUAGUUUGGAACCACGUUUCAUGAGUGUGACUAGAUAUCAUUCAUUGAAAUUCCUCUGAAUAAACUCAUUCUGAAGGGAUUACAAAUUACUUAGAUGCCUCAGCUAGGAAAUUUUUCUUUAAAUUAGUUUAAGACUAGCUUCUAUACCAGGAGAUGCAACUGAACUGUUUUGAGUUGUUAUCCCUAUUAGAACAAAUUACAGCAAUACGAACAGUUUCCUGAUAGAUAAGAUUACCUGUUUUCUGUAAUAACAAUAUGAAGAUGCUUUGGUGAACAAAUCUGUAUCAGCAGGAAAAGGAAGCUGAGAUUAAAGAACUACGGAAAAGCCUAAAUUUCAAAGCAAACGCCCAUGCCUUCUUUCUAUCAUGCAGCUGUACAGCGUGAUUCACAUAAACAGAAGGUACAGAAACAAGCCUGUAAUGCAUACUUUUUGAAGGCUCAAUUAUCAAAACUGGAAUACAGGGUGUAGGAAUUGCU